CAGUACAAUGCGUUAAGUGCCGUCGCUUUGUCCUCUGUGAGAAGUUGAAACGGGGCAGGGUAAAAAGAGACCCAGCAGGCUGUGCUUUUAAAAGACCGGAGGAGACUAUAAAACUGGUUUCAUACCCGCUGCUGUAAAGGAUCGGCACGAUAUGAGCGCAGACAGACGGAGGUAGGCAGAGCACACUCAGGGAAGGGAGGACAGCACGCAUUUAACACUCAGAGCAUUCAUGGUUCAUUUUUAUAAAGUCGGAUCUCUGUCACAGACAAGCGUGGGUUUAUGGGCUAGUUCACACUCAGCUCUAUUACACAUACAUCGGGGUUUUUUUUUUUGUGUGUUUUCUACUUUAGUGAAAAGGAUGAGCGUCUUCUCCAGUAGAGCCGGCGCAGUUUGACACGUUUCCCGAGCUGGAAGCGGUCUGUUUUCCAAGCGGGGCCUCAUUAAAACAGUUCUGCUCUUACUUUUGAUGCCACGGAAAUGGGAUCGCACCAACGAGAGAGCGUGUCCCCGCUUUGCAGGAAAAGUUUGCUUUGGACAGUGCUGAUACUCUGGCUGAGCACGCUGGUUAACGGGACCUGGAAGACGGGACUUUACAAAACCUAUUCAGUCGGGACGCAGCUGAACAGAGACCAGACAGCAGCCACCCACAGCUCAGUCUACCAGAAAAGGAACUGGUGUCCUCAUACGGUCACUAAGACUGUGACCUGCCAGGUGCAGAAUGGGACAAUCCUCCAGCGGGUGUACCGGACAUGCCCCUGGCCACAGGGAUGUGCAGGAGGCAGCUACAAGACCGUGGUCAGACCUUCCUAUAAAGUGGUGUACCGCACUGUGACUUCCCUGGAGUGGAAAUGCUGCCCGGGAUUCAGCGGCGCUGCUUGUGAAGAAGAUGCAGGAAACCGGCUUGUAGCUCAAGAGGCAUUAAGAAAACCAUCUACUCUACGCCGGCCACCUGCACGCACGGGAGAAGCAAUCUCCAAUUGUCUCAACUGCAGUCGAAUCACUGCUAUGAGCGACAGGCUGAACACGCUGGAGGAGAAGGUCCAAUUACUCACAGCUCCGGCCUCCAUAUCGCAUCGCCACCUUCAGGGUAAAGUGGGAAUUGCUCCGGAGACCUCGUUACUGAUGGGGGCUGUGCCCGCUCAGGGAGCUCCUGGUGAGCAGGGACCUGCAGGUCCUCAGGGUGAAAAGGGAAGAGAUGGGCUUCCUGGCAGAGAUGGGAAGCCAGGGUCUCAAGGGCUGCCAGGUCCUAUUGGGCCUCGAGGGGGGGCCGGGGCAAGGGGCCCAUCUGGAGCCCCCGGAUCAAAAGGAUCCCCUGGACCAGCAGGCCCACGUGGUCCAACAGGACUGCCAGGAGGGAGAGGUCUUCCAGGCCCGCCUGGCCCACCGGGGCCUCCAGGCCCUGCAGGUUCCCCAGCACCAGCCAGUGCCCGCAUCCCAGAACCAGACCACAAUCGUGGAAAAGACCCUUUCUUCACCAACACCUUCCACGACUCUCGAGGGAUACCUGUUCCAGGACCUCAGGGGCCUCCCGGACCUAUUGGUCCCCCAGGUCCCAAAGGCCCGGUAGGACCUCCUGGUCCAGCAGGACAAAAUGGAAAACCUGGAGUGCCUGGAACGCAGGGCCCCGUGGGGCCAAAGGGAGAACGUGGGGAGAGAGGACCUUCAGGUUACCCGGGAGAGAGGGGCUUGAGAGGCGAGCCGGGAGCACCAGGACCAAAGGGAGAACCGGGAGAGAAGGGAUUGCCGAGCAAUCCAAAUGUAAGAUAUUUUUAUUCAUGUCAUCAUCUGUUCACUGUGUAGCCAAGUUCUCAGUUUAUGCUUUGAUCUGUUUGCAGUCACCAUAUUUGUGGUGGUGAUUGACCACAAAGUGGUGAUUGAGCAGCAUCUUUUUUUCUCUCAGGCUCAGACUUUUCAGACUGUUUAUUGUCACGUGGUCUCUGCUUUACUUUGUUGUUUAUGUUUGAUCAUAUAUGACUGUAGCUUUUGAUCUGUGUGUGUUUGUACGUUAACGUGUUUUUGUUUGGUCCUCGGGGUGUGCUCUGGACUGCUGUCCUCUUGACCCUAAAGCUCCCUCUGCAAGCUGCUGUCCCCAUGGCUACCUUUCACAGUCAUCUUUUCAGCAUCUGACUUUGGCAUAUACAUCUAAAAAUACAAAAACAUACCAAGAGAACAGCUCGAUGCGGUCACGUCCUUUUAAAGGCAAAAUUCUUUAUUAUUCCAUGUGAAUUAAAACAAACUGAUUUCACAGACUAUCGAAUAUUCAGUGACUCACAGACAAAAUGUGCGAAAUGUAUAUGCCAAAUCACUCCAUAUGUGUCAGUGGUGGGUGGUGUUGGUUUAGAGGUGUUGAUGUGGUGUGAGUGGAGUGGAUACAGCUAUCUCCUUUUCUCCCCCAAUGCAACCUUGCAUGAAUUUGUCCUAAAUUGCUAUACUGAAUAAACAAAAGCAUAUCUAAUAUCUAAUGACUAAUAACAGAGUGCGGUUAAAAACAGAAAAAAGGCAAAGUAGAUGUAAACUUCCAAAGAGUGUCUGUGAGGCUGCAUUAAAGCCAACAAGCAUAAUAGGUUUACUGAUUUUUAGGAGGUGCGGUUUAUUGAUAGAUUAAACUUUUGACGUGAUUGUGAUGCAGGAUGAAUAGUCAGAGGAUCAAGACUCAUCCUGAGGGGAUUUUGAAAACCUGUAUCAAGUAUCAUGGCGAUUAACCAAUAACGCUAAGAUAUUUUACUAAAACCACAAAUACUCGCCUCCAGCUCAUUCAGGAGAUGAUUCACAAACAAGAAUUUGUUCUCUGGAGACCAUCAAUGUCUUAAUAAAAACGUCCUUUGUCCCAAAUCUGACAUAGUUUAAUCUGAAUCAGAAAUGCUGCUGCCAUCUCUAAAGUUACAUUGUUUAUAAUAACUUUGCCUUUUUUCUUUAAACAUAAGGUUGUAUUUAUUGCUGCAUUUUGUAGUGGGAAUCACCCAAAUCAUCAGCUAUUGUCUGCACGCUCUCUUUUGUGAUGUCGACCCUUUUAGCUGUCUCUGUAUGCCCUAUAUUUCUUUUUCAUCUACUUGUGUUCUGUUUGAAGGUAUGACUCGUGAAUUGUUAGCUCAUCCUUUAACAAAAGACAACAGACUUGGGAGUAAAUCUAAUCUGGCUUCAUACUGUCAGGUGAUGGUGGGUUACUGUUGUAACCACAGUGCUAAGAAUGAAACUGUAGCACUAAAGCAAACAUAUUUUCCUGGCUGAACUGCUGCCUGACAAAAAGAUGCAGAUGGCAUGAUCAAAUGCAUAUCCUGGAACAGUGUUAUGUCACCAGCAUGAUGCAGGUCCAUAAUGUGCAUGCUGAUGUUGCCCAGCCCAGCAUGGCAGACACUGACUAUAUAUGGAAGCAUGCUCCGAGAAUGAGGGCGGCGUAGAGAAAUACAGGGAAUGGAUAAUGUCUGACAGUGCUGGGCAGAUGUGUGGACUGUUUUAACCUUCUAACUGCUGGACUGUGUUGAGAAAAAUGACUUGCAUCUUGGCGAGCAGUUCUUUAGCUUGUGCUCCUUACCUUGACGGCUGUAUCUAUC